GAAGGCGGCCAAAGCAGCGCAGGUCAACAGGCAGCACGGGGUGCGGCAGGCGUCCCGGGCCGGACAAGUGCGCGCUUGGGAGCAGAUUCUGGACAAGAUCCUGCAGAAGCAGUACCGCGAAAGGAUGGCAGCUUGGAGGAGGAAGAUGCAGGAGAUGAAGGCACCGACCUACCAAUGGGUCAAAGGGCAGGGGCACAAGUCCACGGACGCCGCCCUGAAGAGGAAGGAGGAGUGGCUGAGUGGGCCUGCUGCGGUGGACGAGCUGCGAGCGCACUACGAGAAGCACUUCGCGUGGGCGGGGCACGGCACGGACGUCGAGGGCUACCUCAAGACCUUCGCGGGGGAGUUAGAGGACAUGCAGGCGAUGAUCGAGCAUGCGGCAGGCUGGGCGCCCCCAGACAUCGCCUCGGCAGCCGAGGAUGGCAGGUGGUCUGCGCCUACAGCGGCGGAUAUGCGGCGGUCCCUGCACAGCAUGCGGAAGACCGCAGCGGGACUCGAUGGGUGGCAGGCGGCAGAGCUGGAGGUCCUUCCGGACGCAGCGCUGCAGGAGCUGAUCGAGAUCCUGGGACAGGCGGAGUUGCAGGGAUGGCCCCCUGAGCUCCAGCAGUGGAGGCAGGUACACUUGCCGAAGACAGAUCCGCCAGAACUAGAGAAGAUGCGCCCGGUGUCCAUCGCGUCCACGGUGUUACGCAUGUGGACGCGCUACCGGGCAUCGCAGCUGGAAGCGUUCUUGCGGCCGGCGUUUUCGGAGGCACAGGCAGGCGGGUUGCGAGGCCGGCGGCUGGAGGAGCUGCUGGACCCCAUCCUGGAGCAGAUGGAGGCCACAGCAAACGAGCUGGAAGGCGGGUGGCGGGAGCUACAUGGACGCACUUGGGACUUCCAGUCGGCGUUCGACACCGUAGAGCCGCAGCUCGUGCAGCAGAUUUGGGUCACGCUGGGCGUGCCCGCCUGGCUGGCGGAGGGUGUCGCCAGCACGUGGAAGACGCAGACGAAAGUCGUGGAAUUCGGAGGAUAUGUGGCCAAAGACCGCAUCGUGGUGCAACACAGCAUGCCCCAGGGCUGCCCAUGCGCGAUGCUGGGGAUGGCAACCGUGAUGGCUGCCCCGGUGUGGAGGGCGAAGCGGGCGGCGCCAGACGCGAUUUUGUCGGUCUAUGCUGAUGAUCGCGCGGCCGUCGGUAUGACAGAGCACCAGAUCGACAGAAUUGAGGAGGCCUGGGCGGCGCUGGAGGCCUGCACGAGCAUGAGGACGCACCGCGGCAAGACGCAGUCCUUCUGCAUGGUUCAGGGCGCCAUCUGGGACAUGACGAGGAUAGACCAGGUGAGGCUGCUUGGUGUGGAGAUCCUGAUCGGCGCGAGUGCAGGGCUGACAGUGCGCGAGCAGACAAAGAUUGAGGAAGGUGACCAGUGGCGAUCAGGGGCCAGGCCGCUGCAGCAGCUCCUCCUGGUUGGCCACACUGCCGACUUUUCGCUGCGCUUGCUGGACAGAAUCUGGACGCUGAUGGACGCGAGAAUCCGGCGACGCGGAGCCGCGUACGUCGAGGACGCUUUCAGGCAGUUCUGGAUGCAGGACAAAAGGACCGCCGGGGUCAUGCAGGCCGUGGAUGCGGCGAUGAGAAAGCUGGGAUUUCUCAUGAUGUUGGACGACCAGGACCACGUGAUCUGGAAAGCGCCUCCAGAGGCAGAUGGGGCCGAGAUCUCCCUGACCUGCCCCAAAGACGCCAGGGACCACCUCAUUCGUGAGGUAUGGCGAAAGAGGCUGUGGGCAACAUUCCUGGGCAGUCGCACGCGGCGGGACAGCGCUGCCGGACGGCACGCGCAGGCGCCCUAUUGCCCUCGGGCUAUCCGUGCGGCGCUGGAGCUGACGAAGGCGUCAGACCACGAGAUCGCGAUCCUCACGGGCGCGUUCUUCAGCAAUGCGAGACUGGCUAAGAUCAAAGGGCUUCCGAUACCCAAGUGCCUCGGCUGCGACUUGGACGAGGUCGACGACGCAGCGCACACCUUCUGGAGAUGCCCGAGGUUUGCGCAGUGGAGGAGGUUCGUGGCGAUCCCGCCGAACCCGGAGUGGCCGGUCUGGCCAACCAGGCUGCUUCGCGGCAAGAGGGAGGUGGAGGAGUUCAAACAGCGGAUCCACUACAUGGCCAGCGUCCGGCAGUGCAUCCUGCAUCAGAGACAUCGCCGCACGGACGCCGAGGGAGAGCAGCAGAAAGCAGCAGUGUAGUAUGGGAAGAUCGAUCAUCUCGCGAGCCCUCCGCAGGCUCGCCGCCGUCUCUGACGGCGUACCGGAUGUCCGGUAACAAAGUGCUCACACGAUGGUAUGGCUGUUGGCAUCCUCCAGACCCGCGCCCGCCUGGCCAGCCGCGCGCUCCCCGGCAAGCGCAGCGGCGUCCGCUGCCCAGGCUCGCAACGUCUUGA